AGAGAUUUCUUCCUUCUUUAAACAAACACAGUUUCUGCUGCAAUCAGAAAGUUGUUUCUCUAGCUUAGCUUUUUCUAUUAACACUUCCAGAAACAUUUGAACAUGGCAAUCAGUAUGGGGCACAUUCUUCGUCCUAAGAAAGCUUUCAGGAGGUCUCCUUCAAGAACAAACAGAGAAGGCGAGAUUCCUAAGGGUCACUUUGCAGUUUAUGUAGGCGAUGGUGAGAAGAAGCGCUUUGUCAUUCCGAUUUCAUAUUUGAAAGACCAUUCGUUCCAAGACUUGCUAAGUCAAGCUGAAGAAGAAUUUGGAUUUGAUCAUCCGAUGGGUGGACUUACAAUUCCUUGCCCGGAGGAGACCUUCCUCGACAUCAUCUCUACUAUGAGCAGAUCUUGAUAGAUCACAGAGUUUAGUUUAUAGUCAUUAGAACAAUUUGCAGAAAAAAAGUAUUUUUGUACACUGUACAGUGUUUUUUUCCAUAUCUGAUUGGAAAUUUUAUACAUUUAUAUUUCAUUGGUUAGCAGACAAUAAAUAAAUUUUUUAUUAUUACCAUAUCAUUUUGAUUUUAGAUUAGAACUAUAAUACUCAGUAAAUGUACAUAAAUCCG